AAAAAUAUAUCACAUGAGACAUGACACAUUUUUAAAAACAAAAUUACUGUUCAUAAAUCAUCAUAACUUAAACAUACAUUUAAUAUAGACCACACAUAUUUUGUGUUAAAUAAAACUUAUAGUAAAGUAUAAACGUAAAUCAUGUUGCGUUCCACAAUAUAUACGCCAGUUGAAUUGUGUGCAUCGGGUAUUAUGACAUCAAAAAUCGAAUGUGUUAUUAAACAAGCUAUAACCACUUUUUCUGGUUCAUAUACAUCAAAGGCUUUUCAUGAUAAUUUGAUUAAAUUGAAACGUAAUGCCAAUGAAUUGGAUGCACGGUCAAUUGGCUUAGAUUUUAGAUUGUUGCGAUGGGAUACAUAUGAAUUGAACAACAACCUGGAUAAAUUGUCUGGCUCCUCAUUUAUACGCCGUCAUCAAGCUCCUGUUACUUACAUUGAAGUGUUUGAAGAUGAAAACGUAUCAAUUGGAGUGUUUGUGUUAAGAGAUGGUGCUAAAAUACCUUUACAUGAUCACCCUUACAUGUAUGGUGUGUUAAAAGUUAUUUAUGGUAAAGUCAAAGUACAAAGUUAUACACCCGUGGAUAAAGAUUAUAGUCAAUUAAAUGACUGUAACAUCAGUGCAAUAAAACUAGCUCCAAUUAUUGUUGGAGAAACAGAUGAUCCGUGUGUGCUGUGUCCAGUAGAGGGAAAUAUUCAUCAAGUGGAUACUAUUGAUGGUCCAGCUGCAUUUGUUGACAUAUUAGCUCCUCCAUAUAAAACUGAUAUUCCAGAAGUAGGGAAAAGAUGCUGCAGGUACUUUAAAGAAGUAAAUAUAUCUAAAGAUAUAAAAUUAGCCAUUGUAUCAGAUCCUAGAGAUUACUGGAGUGAUACAGCUCCAUAUACUGGACCUCAAUUUGGUAUACGUUUUGAGCCGAAAACUUAAUUGUUACAUUCUGCAAAUACUUUUAUACAUCAUUUAAAAUAAAAUAAUAUUAUUUUAUGACUACUAGUCAUCAGUGCCUAAAUCUAAUAAUCUUACUUAUACAUUACAUUUUAUUUUAGAUAUGGGAUUUCUUGUAUUUUAAGUUUUACUGUAUUUUUUAAUAAUAAUUGUCUAUUAAACAUUGAAACUAAGAGAUAAAAUUUAGGCUUUAAAAAAGAUACUUAAUUACCGGGAUUAACUAUUUUUAUAAAUUAUUAGCUAGUUUUUUAUGGAUAUAUUUGAUUGCAUA